CAUAGAAGGUUAGAAUACCACGCGCAGCGUGCAAUAACUCUUUACAACUGUGUAAUUAUAAAUCUGGAUAAAGUUUAUUUCACUAGCAGACGAGAUUUAUUCGUAGGCCUAUUCUAUGCCACACUGUAAGAUAAAAAAUACGAACAAGGAAACGCCUUUAAACACACGCGCUGAUCAUUAAUACACAAAGCUACUGAGUUUCCAAAAACGUGCAGAGCGCGCCAGGCGUGUUCCGCGCCCGAUGGUGCAGGUUGAAUCUAUUGCCCCGGUUUCCUGUCACAUGAUUGGAAAUAGGAUCCCUGCUUCUCACUAUCUUCUGUGUCUGGGCAGCGCGGAUGUGCCUUGAAGUUCAGACGUUCUUAACGCCGGCGCGCGCCAAGAUUUCGCUACAACUACUUGCCGCGUGAGCUCGGCUGACUGUUCUCGAGACGCUUCACCUGCGUUCCAUCUGCCCGCGAGACGAGAAGGCUUUGCGGACGGCUCUCUCUGUCCAGUCCCAGAGAUGGACUCCGUGACAGUCGCAGCGCUGCUCCUUGCUGCCUGCGUUACCGCGUCCUCCUGGAGCCAGUCUGAUACGGAAUGCUACACAGUAAAUGGAGAGGACUACAGGGGUCACCAGAAGGAGACGAGUCUUCAGGAUGGGAAGCCCUGUCUGUUCUGGAACGAGACAUUUCAGCACCCGUACAACACGCAGAAAUACCCGAAUGGAGAGGGUGGUCUGGGCUCACACAACUACUGCAGAAACCCGGAUGGUGAUGUUCGGCCGUGGUGCUACAUAGCAGACCAGGAGGAUGGAAUCUACUGGAAAUUCUGCGAAAUUCCAACCUGUCAAAUGCCAGGUAUUCUUGGCUGUUUUAAGGACAGUGGUGACCCCCCUCCCCUGGCUAACAGCUACCACACCUCCCAGAAGCUCACUGUGCAGAACUGCAUCAGCUUCUGCCGCAACCAGAGGUACAAGCUUGCAGGAAUGGAGGCAGGUUAUGCUUGUUUCUGUGGCAACGACCUUGACUACCAUCUCCAUGGCGACGCCCCUGGUUUGGAAUGCAGCCAUGGGUGUUUUGGAGACCAGCAGCAGCCAUGUGGCGGUGACGGCCAUGUCAUCGUCUUCGACACUAAAGUGGGUUCAUGUGGUGGAAACUACACUUCUCCAUCAGGUGUGAUUUACUCUCCUGACUUCCCAGACAAGUACUCCCCCGGGCGUGUCUGUUACUGGACCAUCCAGGUUCCAGGUGCUUCGGUCCUCCUCUUCACCUUCACCUUCUUCAACAUCAUGGACCAGGCAGAUAUGGUGGAGCUCCUGGAUGGAUACACCAAUCAGGUGGUGGCUAGAUUCGAUGGACGGAACCCCCCACAGGAAGCGGUCAACAUUACCGUCGACUUUGUGAUUCUCUACUUCUACUCUGACAGGACAAACCAGGCUCAGGGCUUCUCAAUGAUUUAUCAUGCUUUCAGAGACCCAAGCAGCAGAGCCAUUGAGGAGGAGGAGGAAAUCGACGAAGAGAAUGCCAGCACAGUGGUGCCCCGAUCUGGCAGUACCACGGAGAAAUCCCACGGAGGUCCAAACGAGAAGACGUCCGAGAUCUUAUACGUGAUCACGUCCAGUCCCGGAAAACCGGAGCACGACAUGCCAGUGUGGACCAUCUACGUCCUGGCCGCCCUGCUAAGCCUAACUGUGAUUGCUAUGGUUGCUAAGCUACUUCUGCAUGUCACUGUAAAAUCUCCCACCAUGUCGUCCAUAAGUGGCACCGAGGCGUGUUCGCAGAGCGCUGUGUCAGAGCCCUGGAUCAUCUUAUACAGACCUUCCACCAUAUCGCUCUUCAAGAAGAAACUGAAGAACCAUCACGGAGAUCUCAGCCCACUGGUGGGAAAGUAAUGGAUCCUCUACCCUCACACUGCUGUGGGCCUGUAUGGAACACACACACUCUCACACACACACACAUGCACUCAACCCUGC